CUGGAAAGCGUGGGUCUCGGUCAUUGGGCUCCUGCGGCCACGUGAUGGAUUCAGCUAGGUCGGACCCCACCGCCUAAGGUUAACACGGUUCAACCUUUGAAGCCCGGGCGACGCUGUGAGGGCUCGUCACUAGGCUUGGUUGACACCAUCAAUCCAUUUUUGUUCCUUUGCUGGUAUCCUGUUUUUCCAUUUGGAAGCUUGUGGAGUUUUCUUUUUUUUUUCAGAGUUCAGAAUUUUCACCAGAAUGUGUGAAGGUGGAUGUUAAUGCAAUUCUCCUAUUGGUUACCACACUGUUCUCUGGAUUGUUCACUCAGACCUAUCAAGAGAACACAGUCUCCAUGGCUUUAGAAAGUUCAAGUAUCCAUUUUUCACCUCGAAGAAAGCUGGAGAAUGCCGGAGGAGACCUUAAGGAUGGCCACCACCACUAUGAAGGAGCUGUUGUCAUUCUGGAUGCGGGUGCUCAGUAUGGGAAAGUCAUAGACCGGAGAGUGAGGGAACUGUUUGUGCAGUCUGAAAUCUUCCCCUUGGAAACACCAGCAUUUGCCGUAAAAGAGCAAGGAUUCCGUGCUAUUAUCAUCUCUGGAGGACCUAAUUCCGUGUAUGCAGAAGAUGCUCCCUGGUUUGAUCCAGCAAUAUUCACUAUUGGCAAGCCUGUUCUUGGAAUUUGCUAUGGCAUGCAGAUGAUGAAUAAGGUAUUUGGAGGUACUGUGCACAAAAAAAGUGUUAGAGAAGAUGGAGUCUUCAGUAUUAGUGUGGAUAACACAUGCUCAUUAUUCAGGGGCCUUCAGAAGGAAGAAAUUGUUUUGCUUACCCAUGGAGAUAGUGUAGACAAAGUAGCCGAUGGAUUCAAGGUUGUGGCACGUUCUGGGAAUAUUGUGGCAGGUAUAGCAAAUGAAUCUAAAAAAUUAUAUGGAGCCCAGUUCCACCCUGAAGUUGGCCUUACAGAAAAUGGGAAAGUAAUACUGAAAAAUUUCCUUUUCGACAUCGCUGGGUGCAGUGGGACCUUCACUGUGCAGAACAGAGAACUUGAGUGCAUUCGAGAGAUCAAAGAGAGAGUCGGCACAUCAAAAGUUUUGGUUUUGCUCAGUGGUGGAGUAGACUCAACAGUUUGUACAGCUUUGUUGAAUCGUGCUUUGAACCAAGAGCAAGUCAUUGCUGUGCACAUUGAUAAUGGCUUUAUGAGAAAACGAGAAAGUCAGUCUGUUGAAGAGGCCCUCAAAAAGCUUGGAAUUCAAGUCAAAGUGAUAAAUGCUGCUCAUUCUUUCUACAAUGGAACAACAACUCUACCAAUAUCAGAUGAAGACAGAACUCCACGAAAGAGAAUUAGCAAAACCUUAAAUAUGACUACGAGUCCUGAGGAGAAAAGAAAAAUCAUUGGGGAUACUUUUGUUAAGAUUGCCAAUGAAGUAAUUGGAGAAAUGAACCUGAAACCAGAGGAGGUUUUCCUUGCCCAAGGUACUUUACGGCCUGAUCUAAUUGAAAGUGCAUCCCUUGUUGCAAGUGGCAAAGCUGAACUCAUCAAAACCCAUCAUAACGACACAGAGCUUAUCAGAAAGUUGAGAGAGGAGGGAAAAGUCAUAGAACCUUUGAAAGAUUUUCAUAAAGAUGAAGUAAGAACCUUAGGCAGAGAACUUGGACUUCCAGAAGAGUUAGUUUCCAGGCAUCCAUUCCCAGGUCCAGGCCUGGCAAUCAGAGUAAUAUGUGCUGAGGAACCUUAUAUCUGUAAGGAUUUUCCUGAAACCAACAAUAUUUUGAAAAUAGUAGCUGAUUUUUCUGCAAGCGUUAAAAAGCCACAUACACUAUUACAGAGAGUCAAAGCCUGCACAACAGAAGAGGAUCAGGAGAAGCUGAUGCAAAUUACAAGUCUGCAUUCACUGAAUGCCUUCCUGCUACCAAUUAAAACUGUGGGUGUGCAGGGUGACUGUCGUUCUUAUAGUUAUGUGUGUGGAAUCUCCAGUAAGGAUGAGCCUGACUGGGAAUCUCUUAUUUUCCUGGCUAGACUUAUACCUCGCAUGUGUCACAACAUUAACAGAGUUGUCUAUAUAUUUGGCUCACCAGUUAAAGAACCUCCUACAGAUGUUACUCCCACUUUCUUGACAACAGGGGUGCUCAGUACUUUACGCCAAGCUGAUUUUGAGGCCCAUAACAUUCUCAGGGAGUCUGGGUAUGCUGGGAAAAUCAGCCAGAUGCCGGUGAUUUUGACACCUUUACAUUUUGAUCGGGACCCACUUCAGAAGCAGCCUUCAUGCCAGAGAUCCGUGGUUAUUCGAACCUUUAUUACUAGUGAUUUCAUGACUGGUAUACCUGCAACCCCUGGCAAUGAGAUCCCUGUAGAGGUGGUGUUAAAGAUGGUCACUGAGAUUAAGAAGAUUCCUGGUAUUUCUCGAAUUAUGUAUGACUUAACAUCAAAGCCCCCAGGAACUACUGAGUGGGAGUAAUAAACUUCUUGUUCUACUAAAGUUCCGUGUGCAGAUUAAAUUGAUUAGAAACUAUUCCCAGUAUUGACAUGCAGUACUGUCAAAACAGUUACUGGAGCAACUACAUCACAUCUGAGUUCUCUGCAGCAAAAAUCUACGGCUUAAGAGCUGAGUUGGGGAUAACUAAAAGGGACUGAAGAGUUUGUAUGGGUAUAAUCAAAGCACCAUUGCCUACACUCAGACACUGACACUGCUUUUGCCUUUACCUCUGCCUCACUUGUUCUUUAUGUAUAAACUCACUGUUGCUAUUGAUGUCUCUGUCAUCGAAGAUGUAUGGGAGUGGGUGAGUCUGGGGGCUGGUAAUGGACUUCUGUCCCCUUGCCAGUUUCUAAGAGAUGUUAGAAACACCAUUAUUUACCAGUGUGACUUAGUAUGUAUUCCUUAUGGAGAAUCUGCGUUUCCUGUAAAGUAACCUCAUUCCUCCAAAGGUUCUGGGAAGGGGUCAACAUAUCAGAUAAAGGUUUAGGUGGGCUAUUCCAUCCACUUUUGCUGGACACGGGGGCCCUAAAAUGGUAAGCUACCUUAAGAUGGAAAAGCACCAGGAAUUUGUUGAAGUACUUUGAAUUUUAUGUCAUUACAGCCAUGGGAGGAAGGAACUACGAGUAGUCUCAGUUUAAAGUGUUUUCAAGUCAUGCUCCAUGUUGCAUACUGUCAACCUGUUCAUUGGUAAGGAGCUUUAUCCUCCCAGCCUUAUUGCCGGCUCCCAUAGCCUUGUAGAGGAAGUUUCUGUUCUCUCCCCAGAAGAGACUGUCUUUGGUCUAGCAUAGAUAAAGUUCAAGCAUUUUAAUCUUGUUUGGUCCGAGGAGCAGCUCUGAGAUCACAGAAACCAUCGUGCACGCCCACAACUUACAAAUGCAUGCCUGCAGUAAUCUCGUAAAGAGUUGUAAAAUGAACUCUUAGAUGUAAUCUAUAGAUACAUUUUUUUAUGCACUGCUCAGAAGAUUGUGACCAGUCUUGGCUCGUGCGAAGUAUUGCCAAACUUUGUACUCCUUUCUGCCAGCUGUAAGAGAAGAUUUAAGAACUGGUGUAGGACUGUUUGCCAUUGCCACCAGUUUCUAACAGAUGCUUUUAUAACAUUCAUAAAAAUAGACAGUACUAGGUUUGAAUUCUGCAGCCAUUUCUCUCUCAGUAUUUUAGCUGAUGUUACUAUUUUAAAAUGUUACCAUGGGGCUUCCUUGGUGGCGCAGUGGUUGAGAGUCUGCCUGCCGAUGCAGGGGACAAGGGUUCGUGCCCUGGUCUGGGAGGAUCCCACAUGCCGCAGAGCAGCUAGGCCCAUGAGCCAUGGCCGCUGAGCCUGCGCGUCUGGAGCCUGUGCUCCGCAACGGGAGAGGCCCCAACAGUGAGAGGCCCGUGUACUGCAAAAAAAAAAAAUGUUACCAUGUUUGUCUCAUACCAGUUCCAUCUCAGGUUGCUGCCUCUUACCUAAUCUUCAAGAUCUUUUGUAUUAAUCAGGUAUACAAUUUUGUUUGGGAUUCAGUGUUACGUAAGUAAUAAAAUUACACAUGGCAGAAGUCUUCCUUUCAUUCUGUUUGGCACAGGGUAUAAGAAAACUGUGUUGCUGAACCAGCAAGGGAAGAGCUUCUGACUGCUGUAACAGGUAUCUGUAUCUGAGAGACAGGAGUAUUUGAUUUCUACAAAACUUGAUGAGUUCAUUCUCUGUCCUAAUGAUGAGGAACUCAUAAUGGCUUUUUGCAAAAAGGGUAUAUUAGUGGUCUGGCCUUAACAGAUUUGGAGGCAUGUUAUUUUAGAGCUGGAAUAGACAACUUAAAAAAGGCUUAUAAACAUUUGUGUUUAGUGAAAAGAAUUCCUCUUCUAGAAAAAGUGUCUUAUGAUUUUGUAUUCAAGCAAAUAAUAGGAAUCUAGGAAGACUUUUUUCCUAAAGUAUAUUCUGUGGAACACUGUUGCACAGAGAUAAAGGGUUAGGUGAUCAUAUAAGUUUGGAAAGUGCUGCUCACUUGUCCUUCCAUCUUGGAGAUUUAUGGUAUACGUUAUUUUCAAAGCUCUGAGAAAUUUUGAAGUUAGAAACAAUUGUUUUUUAACUUAAUGUUUUCCUGAUAUUUGUUCACUAAACUCCUUUUAUAUAAUCCUUCUUAAAACUGUAAAAAUGGUUUCUCCAAAACACUUCUCGACAUGAUAUAGUAAAAAAAAAAAAAAUCUAGAAUUCAGAGAUUUCUUAAUAUUUAGUACCCUCUCUUCCUUUGCAAAGAACUUUUUGCUUUGUGCCAUAUAGUAUUACUCUAUACCUUCACAGUAUUUCAUCUGAGGACCUGAGAAAAGUUAAGGUUGCAGUUCCAUUUUACAGUUAAGGAAACAAGCUCAGCUUAGUAAUGGCUACCUGAAGAGUUUCAGAAUUAAAUGUAGGGUUUCCCAGUUAUUCUUUUUUAAAGUGAAUUUUGGCACCUAAAAUUAUAUAAACUUACUGGAUGGUUAUUUUUAAUCAAGGCUUAGAACAGUGGCUCCCUGUCUAAUAACAUUCAUCAUUGGUUAUCCUUGACAGCUCAUGACUGCUUUCCCAACACUCACCACUUACCUGGGAGUAUAUUCUAUCUAAUAAAUAUAUUUUGUUUCUUUGUACCUAUAGAAGGAGGAAGGCAGGUUAGUGAAAGCAUCAUUUAUUCUUAAGAUUGGUGGGCACAAAAGAAACUUGAGAACCAGAUAACCUUGCCCCAGCUUUGUGGCCCAAUCUGUGAUCAUCAGCUCUGUUAGAAGUAGCAACCCGGCAUAAUUGCUGAGAGUAGGUCUUUAGAUGUAUCUGGGAGAUAGGGUUACCCGAGUUUCCCAUCUUUUGCCACUCCUUUAUCCUAAGAUAGGUGCAUGCAUGUAGCCAAACAAGCAUCAUAAAAGUUUGUUUCCUUGCUAUGUUUGGGCUUAUCCCCUGAUAGCCCAUUUUAUUGAGUAACGAAUCAAACCUCUAGAGCAGGGGUCCUCAACCCCUGGGCCGCGGACUGCUACCAGUCUGUGGCCUGUUAGGAACCGGGCCGCACAGCAGGAGGUGAGUGGCGGGCGAGCGACCGAAGCUUCAUCUUCCGCUCCCCAUCGCUCCCAUUGCUUGCAUUACUGGCUGAACCAUCCCCAGCCCGUCUGUGGAAAAAUUGUCUUCCACGAAACCGGUCCCUUGUGCCAGAAAGGUUGGGGACCGCUGCUCUUGAGAAUGAGGACAUUCGGAGUAGGUAGGUAGGGCCAUUCAUCUUUAGUGCUUUGUGUUGCCAUUAAACAGCUGUGUGAACUUGGUCAUUUCUGUGUUUUUUUAACAUGUAAGAUGAGGCAGUUGAAUUAUAUUUAUAUCAAAUCCAGCUCUAAAUUCUUAUUUUAUAAAUAACAAGAAAAAACAUAGCAGGAGAUAGAAUGGAGAAAUGGGAUAGUUUUAAGUGCUUUUAACAUCAGAUAUGACCCGGCCAAAAGUAAACAUUAAAAUAUUGUAAAAUCAGAUAUUAAUUACCAUUUUUUGAACCUGAGGCAUAGAUCAAGGUUUGACCACUUGAGAAUCUUCUGUUGUGACCGUGACACUUGGAAGAUACUCAUCAACAACAUGUUCCUAGGCGCAAUCUCUUUACGUGUUUUUGGAAAAGUUAACAAGAGUAUGCUUUGGCUUUGAGACCAGUGAAAAGUCUCCCAUACUCAACUUAUAUAUAGCUAAUUGUUGGCAAAGCUAGCAUCCAGGUUUUCUGCUCUCUACAUUGAAGAGGUAAUGCUCCAAGGCCCUUCAAGGCAAGGCUUAACAGGAAGUUCUCAGUGUGUAAUUGACCAUCAGGGAUAAGUGUAUUUCCAAGGUGUUUGUCAUCUUCUUACAGCUAAGUGAGUAUUAGUUUCUGAAAAUAGUACUGUCUCUCAGAAAUCUUCUGAAACUCUCAUGCCCAAUGUUAUAUCUCUGUUUCUUCCUACCUUUCCAAACAGCUCCCUUUCCUACUCCUAACACCCUCCUCCUCUCUCCCCCUCUCCUGAAUUCUCAUUGGAAUGUGGUGAGAACACACCUUAGCUAUUACCUCAGUAGAUGCUUCUUUCAUUGGCCCCCAAUUAGAAUUUUUUUGGACUGUUCGUAGUAGUAUUUAUUUAUUUAUUUUUGUUUUUUUACUUUUACUCAUUCUUUUUUUUUUUUAAUUUUUAUUGAGGUAUAGUUGAUUUACCAUGUUGUUGUAGUUUCAGGUGUACAGCAAAGUGAAUUUGUUAUAUAUCCACUCUUUUUUAGAUUCUAUUCCCAUAUAGGCCAUUACAGAGUAUUGAGUAGAGUUCCCUGUGCUAUGCAAUAGGUCCUUAUUAGUUAUCUGUUUUAUAUAUGGUAGUGUGUAUGUGUCAGCCCCAAUCUCCCAAUUUACCCCUCCCCCUCCCUUUAACCCCGGUAACCAAGUUUAAUUUCUACAUCUGUAACUCUAUUUCUGUUUUGUAAAUAAGUUCAUUUGUAGCCUUUUAUUAGAUUCCACAUAUAAGCGAUAUCAUAUAUUUGUUUUUCUUUUCUGACUUACUUCACUCAGUAUAACAAUGUCUAGGUCCAUCCAUGUUGCUGCAAAUGGCAUUAUUUCAUUCUCUUUUAUGGCUAAUAUUCCAUUGUAUAUAUGUACCACAUCUUCUUUAUCCAUUUCUCUGUUAAUGGACAUUUAGGUUGCUUCCAUGUUCUGGCUAUUGUAAAUAGUGCUGCAGUGAACAUUGAGGUGUAUGUAUCUUUGAAUUAUGGUUUUCUCCAGAUAGAUGCCCAGUAGUGGGAUUGCUGGAUCAUAUGGUAGCUCUAGUUUUUUAAGGAACCUCCAUACUGUUCUCCAUAGUGGCUGUACCAGUUUACAUUCCCACCAACAGUAAUGAAAAUAAAAACAAAAAUAAACAAAUGGGACCUAAUUAAACUUAAAAGCUUUUGCACAGCAAAGGAAACCAUAAACAAAACAAAAAGACAAACCUCAGGAUAGGAGAAAAUAUUUGCAAAUGAAGCAAGCGACAAGGGAUUAAUCUCCAAAAUAUACAAACAGCUUAUGCAGCUCAAUAUCAAAAAAACAAACAACCCAAUCAAAAAAUGGACAGAAAAUCUACAUAGACAUUUCUCCAAAGAAGACAUAGAGAUGGUUAAAAAGCAAAUGAAAAGAUGCUCAGCAUCACUAAUGAUUAGAGAAAUGCAAAUCAGAACUACAGUGAGGUAUCACCUCACACUGGUCAGAAUGGCCAUCAUCAAAAAAUCUACAAAUAAUAAAUGCUCUAGAGGGUGUGGAGAAAAGGGAACUCUCUUGCACUGAUGGUGGGAAUGUAAACUGGUACACCCAAUUAGAGUUUAAUAGGGAACUGAAUACAAGUUUGAUGUCUCCACCCUUGGAAAGUACCCCUUUGUCCUUACUGAGGUAGUUUAGCCACACAGAUAAUGUAGGAAACCAUGGAAUCUUUUUCAUCAGUGUAGGGCCUGACAACAAUAAUGAUGGCAUCCUUGGCUUUUAUAUUUCCAAACAUUUCAUUUAAUGACAAAAGAUUUGAAAUCCCCCAAAGAUUGCCAAAAUGCCAGCACCCACCCUAGUCAUAUAUUGAAGAUGCCCAGGUAUACCACCCAAAUCUAACCUUUUUCAGUGAUUCUCAACCCUGGAUGCCUGCUGUUACUACUUGAGAAGUUAACUCUGUAUAACACCCAGACCCCACAAUCAGUUAAAUUAGAAUCUUGGUGAGGCCCAAGCAUUGACAGUUGAAAAUCUCCCAGCUGGAAUAAGUUGUUAUUGAGGGACAUACCUGGCCUUUCUAAUUAUAGCUUAAAAUCUUUGUUAAACCUGUAGGUGAGAAGAGAAGGCCCUAGGUACUGUCUUGGUGAAGAUCCGUAUAACUAAAGUAGUUCAAAGCUAGGGACCGGACUCUGGAACUGAUUCUACCUAUACAGGUUAUCCCCACUAUCCAAAAGUAGAGCUUUCCUAUGAAACCUUUUAGGCAAAAUGUCGUAAAGCAAAGAAGCAAUCACCUUAGGACACAUCUGGCUAAUGAUGUACGAAAUAAAUCCAGAUAAAGCACAGAUGCUCACAGACAGAGUUCAAAGCCAUGGCAGCCAGGUGCUGAGUGUAGUUCGAAGGGAAGGAGCUUGGGACCGCCACUCUUGCUGCUUGAGGUGUGCGCUGCCUCUGUAUCAGCUCACUGCAGAACAAACGCAGAACGCUAUUUUCACUUUUCAUCCUUUUUCCUAAAAGCAAAAAUCCUUUUCCAACUUCUUUCGGUUUGUGAAAACAGGAACUACUGUCGGUCUUUCACAAAAGUGUAGUGGUGUAAAGUGAACUUUCAAAAAGCAAGGAAUACCUGUACUGUCUUGUAGGUCAGACACUUCAUGGGCCCGUUUGGUAUUACUCAGGGUAGCUGACAUAGAUGUUACCCCCUUUGAGGUCUGUGCAGCAACUACACAGGCUUUUCUCUUUCAACCUCUUUUUUCCUACUCCUUUUGCUUUUCGUCAAAGAGGAGAAAUCCACCCCUAUGCUGCAGCCAAGUCUCCAAAUUGGACUUUAGCCAGAUUAUGAAACUGAGACUGAGCUAUUACUCAGAAAGCCUUCUGGAGCCAUGUCAUUUCAAUAUAAUUCUCUACAAAGCUAGAGAUUACCUACCUGUAACCUCAGUUUCCUGAAUGAAAUCUUUUGAGCAGUUCCAUCUUAAUUUACCCAUUUAGGGUCUUUGUUCACUGGUGAAUCCUGUGGCAUCCCUUGACCUUGUUAAUGACCCCUGAAUUAGCAAAAUCAGGAGACUCGGGGUGGGGGGGGAGUUUGGCUAUUUCUUGGGUAUACUAAGUUCAGUAGCUCCAAAAUCCUCUGAGUGUUGCAGGAAGCCUGAACCUUGACUGAUCCAAGUAGAGUAUAUACCUUUGGAGAAUACAGAUGUUUAAGGUAAGUAAUUUUCUGUUUUUGAAUCUACUAUGACCAUUGUUAACAACCUUAUGAUAUUAAAUGAAGACGUGAAUGUAACCUUUUGAAGAAAUUUUUUUAUAAAGAAAUAUUUUGUUAACCGGAGUAACUAGUGUAGUUGUAAAAUCACUAUGUAAUUGUUCAUGGUAUACUGAAAUGUCUAUUGUGUGUUGUGGUAAUAAAGUUGGCAUAAAAUAGC